CAGAAGAAGGCUACACGACGAAUUCCGCGCCAACCCGAGCAAGCCGCGCUUGAAGACGAAGCCUACGUGACUGCGGCGGAGACAGACGGAGAGGCGAUCGGUGCGCUCGUACUCGGACAUUCGCUGCGUCAUGCUCAGGUCACCCGCAGACUCGUCUGCAUGGUUACCAACAAAGUCUCUAUGGAAUUCAGGUGCACCACAACAUCGACCAUCUGUUCGGCGAACUUCAACUCUCCGCUGUGGCCUACCAUCGCCGGCCCAAGACGUUCCACAGCAGCGUCAUGGUCGUAGAACCGACGGCUGCUCAUAACACGUUUAAAAAGUUACAGAAAUUGGCCCGAAAUUGCGAGGAUUCGUUCGACUUUAGCAGUUGUGCCGACCAAAUCCUCAAUCGUCACUUUAAGAGAUGGCACAAGCUGCCACAGACCUACUGCUCCGAGGUCAGCAGUUCGUUUACCUACGUUCCUGAAGGAGGAGACGCUAACACGCUUUCACCAGAAAUACGGGUCUCGUGGUUUUCUGGAAACACGUGGAAGCCGUGGAUGCUAGCAGUUUGCGAAAAGGAACGGAAGGUUUUAUGCAUGGGAGGUGGACAGGUUAUCCCGCAUCUUGAAAAGUGGGUUGCCAUUUAUGACAAGCAAGUCCUACCCUUUCUCACCCACAAAACCGUUAUAUUUCUGAACGAAAUCCCGAGGCCUUUACCAAAAUGGAAAAAGACUGUCAGCGUAGUAGAAGAAUGUUCCGUGGCAACUCUAGAGAAGAUAGCGCUGGAGGAGGAGGUAACGCGGAUGAAUGCCACGUGCGAGGAUAAGCAUCCAUCGAAUCACAGGCGACCGUGGUCGCCCACUAUAAUGCCGAUGAUGUUCAGCGGGGAUGAUUACUAUUGAUUAGAUGAAGCCAGCGAUGAACGAUGAUGGACAGACCUCGGACUCAACAUGAGACCU